AUGGACAAUGAUUCCUUCGUUUCAACAGUGAAUAAACGCGACACUCUAUUGGUUCUACUCUUUGCCAUAGCAAUUGGAGUAAUCAAUGAACUAACAUCUUAUUUUUUUAUAUAUCGCAAGGAAUCCUUCAGAAAGGCCUUUGAGGAGUUGUGCGAUGCCUACGAAGUGUACGUUCUCUCCAAAGUUAUUCCUAAAACUAAGGCUCAGAUACAGUCUGGAGAAACUCCUGCCAAGAUUUUGCUGGACAAAAUGAAGUUCUUGAAGAAUAACAGGACGAUUUCAUCAAUAAUAACUGGAAUUCUACUGAUGGGACUUAUGCCAGCCAUCAUGAGCAUGUUUGAAUACUCAGUGGUUGCAAAAUUGCCUUUCAAACCAAUCCCCCUGAUCUCCAUGUUUACACAUAGCAAAGUACUGGGCAACGAUCCAACUGAUUGCACAGCAACCAGUUUUUACGCAAUUGUAUCCAUGAUCGCUAGACAUUAUACGAAGGUCUUCUUAGGGUAA